ACCCAAGACCAACAGGUCGACGACGACUUUCUCAUUUCUCACACUUCGCAUUCGCACCCGAGAAAACAUAUUAAAAGUAGAAACGAGAGAAAGCUCGCGAGAUCUCAGCCAGCGGCGAGGGAGAUCUGAGAGGAGAGCUUCCGUUGCGGAGAUGCACGACUUCUGCUUCACGAUUCCGUACGGGUUUGCCGUGCUGGCCGGCGGCAUCCUGGGCUACCUCCGCCGCGGCAGCACCGCCUCCCUGGCCGGCGGCGCCGGCGCCGGCGCGCUUCUCCUCCUCGCGGGCUUCGUCAGCCUCAAGGCCUUCGAGAAGCGCCGCAAAUCCUACCUCGCCCUCGCCCUCGAGACACUUUGUGCAUUGGCCUUGACUUAUGUUAUGGGACAAAGGUUCCUUGAAACUUCGAAGAUAAUGCCAGCUGGUGUUGUUGCUGGACUCAGUGCCUUGAUGUCUGCAUUCUAUCUAUUCAAGAUUGCAACCGGUGGCAACCAUAUCCUGCCAAAGAAAGAGUAAUCCGGUUCUUGUAAAAUAUGUUUCAUUGAACUCAAAGACUACGACCGGUUGUGUUGUCUAAUUGCAUCGUAACUUUAAGGACUAAUGAUGGUUCCAAUUUAUAAUUUUGUUAGAAUGUACCAUGGAGUUCUGAACAAUGUACAAGAAAUAAAGAUCAAAGAUAUGAUUCACGGAA